AAACAGUGAAGUAACGCAUCCAUCACCGUUAUAAAUUUGAGAAAAUGACGUAAAACUGAUUCACACUCUAACCCAAUCUGAGAUCGUCUUCCCAAAUCCUCGACUCUUCGACUGAGUAUUCUCGUAAGUAUCGCCUGCUUUCUUUCUGUAGAUGCAUUCGUAUUCCGAUUUCAGACCGCAGUGGGUUUCAUGUCUAUCGUCAAUCCGAGGAAUCAUGAGAAGGAAAAGGAGAAGGAAAAAAAGAGAACUUGGGGAUCGAUCUGGAAAACGCCUCAGCCCAUUGAAGGAAGUCGUGGCAAAAGACUUUGAGUGUAAGAAUGGUUCUUGUUGCCCUCUCCGAGCAUUGGCAUUCCAUGACUCAUCACAAAGUGUAGGGGAUUUAAAAGAUUUAUAUGGUAUACGUGACCCCUUGAAAUUAUCCUUAGAAAUGGAGCUUGGACCGGAUUUGUGUCUUAUGUCUCCCCCUACGGCCGAUGAUAUUUUAUUGUUCUUCAAAGUUUAUGAUCCCGAGAGUGAAAAGCUAAGAUAUGCGGGAAGACUUUUUGUGAACCACUUCACUAAGCCGACGCAUAUUUUGACCAAAUUAAAUGAACUUGCUGGUUUUGAUGCUCAUCAAAGUAUUGAACUUUAUGAGGAUGCUCGGAAAGGAAUCUUAUUUAUGGACUUCCCGCCUGUGCUUCAAUUGCACUUAAAGAGAUUUGAGUAUGACAUUGAGCAAGGGCUUUUUGUCAAGAUAAAUGACCGCUAUGAGUUUCCCAUUCAACUGGAUUUGGACAAAAAUAAUAGGAAGUACUUGUCACCCGAGGCUGAUAAAACAAAACGCAACCUUUAUACUCUUCAAAGUGUUUUGGUCCAUUCUGGUGGCAUUGAUGGGGGGCACUAUUACGUUUAUAUAAGACCAGACCUAUCCAACAAUCAAUGGUAUAAAUUUGAUGAUGAGAAAAUGUCUAGACAAGAUGUUGACACAACCAUAGAAGGGCUUUACGGCGGUGAACAAGAUGUCAUGCCCUCAUAUUUUGGAAUGACAUGCAUGAAGAACUCAAAUGCGUAUAUGCUAGUGUAUAUACGUGAGAGUGACAAGGAAAAUAUACUUUGUGCUGCUGAUGAAAAAGAAAUUGCCAUGCCUCUUAGGGAGAAGUUGAGGAGAGAAAUGAAAGAGGUGAAAGACAUUGCUCAGACUGAUGCCCAUACCAUUGUGAAGGUGGCAACUGAUGAUGAUAUUUCACAACAAAUUGGAAGCGAGAUAUAUUUUGAUUUAGUUGAUUUUGACAAAGUUAGAGGCUUCCAUGCAUGGAGAUUUAUGCCGCUCAACAUCUUUAAGGAGAGGUUGAGGAGAGAAAUGAAAGGGGUGAAAGACUUUGCUGACACUGAUGCCCAUAAUGCCCAUACCGUUGUGAAGGUGGCAACUGAUGAUGAUAUUUCACAACAAAUUGAAAGCGAGAUAUAUUUCGAUUUAGUUGAUUUUGACAAAGUUAGAGGCUUCCAUGUAUGGAGAUUUAUGCCGCUCAACAUCUUCAAGGAAGUUGUGGCAAAAGUCUUUGGUCUUCCACCCAAAUAUAUGCAUUAUUGGGUAUGCGCUGAGUGCAAAAAUGUUUCUUGUCACCCUCUCCGAGCAUUGGCAUUUCAUGAUUCAUCAGAAAGUGUAGGGGAUUUAAAAGAUUUAUAUGGCAUACAUGACCCCUCGAAAUUCUUCUUAUAUGCGGAGCUUGGAUUGGAUUCGUGUUUUAUGCCUCUCCCUUAUAUAACAAGCGAUGACAUUUUACUAUUCUUCAAAGUUUAUGAUUCCGAAACUGAAAAGCUAAGUAGAUAUGCCGGAAGACUUGUUGGCUUUGAUGCCCAUGGAGUAUCGAACUUUACAAGGCUGGAAGGCUUUCCUAGGUGUGUGUAUAUUGGUGAAAUUAAAUAACCUCGAAGACUUUCCUCCAGAUAUUAACUUGAAACAAUUUUCAGGAGAUAAGAUCUGAGACCAGCGUCGUGCGUGAGCCAGUCGGCAUGAUACUUUUAUUUAGAUUUUGCCAGGAGGAAUGUGGAUAUUAUUGGCUUUCAAAAGCCACUUAAAGUGCGCACUAGGUUUUGACUUCAUUGUUCGGAUGCUCCCACAUUUUUUCAAUAUCAGCAUAUUAUCCAA